AUGUGCUCUGCUUUGAGGCACAGCAUCUUCAUGAUAGCCAAAGUAAUGGAGUCUAUUGCUAAGAAUAAUAUAUGCCAUUUGUCAUUGGAUCUAAAGACUACAUUAAAUGCACAGAAUGCUACACCUAGUGCUACAAAGAUAAACACGUGCAGAACCAGUAAUGCUAUAUUUGAAUCAUUGGCAAAUUGUCAGAACUUUCAUCAUAUAUUGCACAUACCAACAACAGAUACCCUCCUAUCACUAGACAAUAACCAGACUGUACCACUCAAUGAGACAGUAUUAGCCUGUGGCUCUGAUGCUUAUCAGCCUCUUUGCUUUUACAGAAAUCGUACAGACUUGACCCUCUUGAAAUCCUAUGAGGGUAGAAAUUUCUGUCCUUUUGAUCGCAACUCAGUCAGUACAUCCAUUCUAUCAAGCAAUGGGAAUUUAGUAUCAGGAACAUCACUCAAUGUCAGAGCUAGUAGCUAUGGACUGUCUUUGUCUCACUCUCCAUUUAAUGGAACUGCUUCAGUCAGUACCAUUAACUACUACAUAUCAUUUCAAGAACCAGAAUUUAUUGAUGUAUAUGAGUUUGGUGAUUAUUACUAUUUCUUUAUGAGAGAGACGGCGGAAGAGAUCGGACAAGUUUCUAUGCGCCCUAUAUACUCUAGAGUUGGUAGAGUCUGUAAGAAUGAUACUGGUGUCACUAAUAUUCUUGCUCCUACUUCUACAAAAGUUUUUGUCACAUAUCUCAAGGCUCGUAUUUUGUGCCAGUCAAGGGCAAAGUCAGGCAGUGAUUUCCCAUUUACUUUCAACAGCUUACGAAUGCUCCUGCUGGAUCAGCAAUAUGCGUCUAUACUUUAA